UAUGACGUUUUGAGAAAGUUGUAACAGCAAAAGUGGGACAACAUUUUUAAGCUUUGAAAAUGAUGUCACAGCUAUAUGGUUGCACAGCUAUUUUGCUGUAAAGACGUCAUCACAGUCAUAUGGUUGCACAGCUAUUUUGCUGUAAAGACAUUGUCACAGUCAUACGGUUGCACAGCUAUUUUGAUGUAAAGACGUUGUCAUAGCUACAUUACAGCAAUCGGAGUAAGCAAUACAAAUAACGGAUAAUUAAUAUUCAAGCAAUACAAAUAAUGGAUAAUUAAUAUUCAAUAAAAGUUAAAUUUUAAUUUUAACAUUCCGUAAAAAGGUUAAAAAAUAUUAAAAAAUUUUUUUUGCUUUAACUGGGAUUGAACUUCUGACAACCCGAAACCUUUGCUUCAAAAGCUUAGAUUAAAAAAAAUUAAUUAAUUAUUGCAAAUAAUUACAAUUUAUAACUUACAUAUAAGUAUACUAGUAAUGCGGACACAAAUUCAUACAAAUACUGUGAUAACAGAAUUAUAUACUAUCCUUAAGUAAUAAGUUUAGAUUCGCAAUAAGUGAACGCAUGGGUCCGCUGACCAUCGCUGAUACAUACUAAAUUUAACAUAAAAUUGAAAGUCAUGUUACUCUUUGCUAUAACAUACAAAUUAUAGCCAGAUUACAGCUAAAAUAGCUGUAAUCUGGCUGUAAUUAACACGCGCGCAUAAACUUUGCUAUGACAUACAAAUUACAGCCAGAUUACAGCUAUUUUAGCUGUAAUUUGGCUGUAGUUCGCACGCGCGCAUAAACUUUCCAUAUAGUGAUCUACCUUAACCUAAAAUUUGACCGUGCUGUCUGUAUUAAAAAAUAAAAAUGUUUAUCAUUGUUGAAACUAUUGAAGAUGGUGAAAAAAACUUGUGUGUUGUGCCCGAAAGUUGGGAAAAAAACGAAAUUUUAUAUUGGCCACCAGGACGAAAAGGAUUAAACCUUAGGAAAGAUGAUAGUGUUUUACCCGAUUUUAAUAAUUGGUCGAAACAAAAAUGCAUUGUAAAAAGAAAAAAUUUUGAUACGUUUCAAGCUGCUAUUAAAGUAGAAAAAUUUUUAAGUCGAUUUGACGAUACCGAGGACGAAGAAAGUUAUUUAGCACAGAAUUCUUCAAAACAGACACAGUCUUCACAGAAGAGGAAUAUUGAUUUUAAUAAUUUAAUGACAAACAAUAAUAUAAUAAAUAACAACGUAGACACUGAACUAACUAAAAAUGUAGAAAUUUAUCACAGUGAUAAUAUUCCAAUCUCUGUACAAAUUCCACAAAAUUCACAAGAUUCGGAAACUGCAUUAGAAUUUAUAAAUGCAACUUUAAUUAAGGAUAAUGGAAUUUCUACAUUGACCAUGAAUAAUUCUCCGAAAUUGUUAGACGUUGUUGAAAUAGGAGAAAAAUUAAACACAAUAAAUUCAAAUCUGGAAAAUUUGAAUAAUUAUAUUCAUCGAGAAAUAUCUGCGCUACAUGUCAAAUUUGAUAAAUUAAUCGAUCUUUUGAUUAAAAAUCAAAGCAACAUCAUUGAGAAAUCCGAAAAUGAUGCAUUAAAAAACGAAAACCUCGAAAGAGAUAUACAACAAAUAAAACCACUAGCAAUAGAAUCGGAUAUUAAUAAUUUAGAAAAAAAACUGUGCAAUGAAGAAUUCAAAUUGGCAUUUAUAAAAGUGAUGAGUGAAAUUGGAGGCACUACUGGUCAGAAGGAUGGAAAUAAAAUAGCAUAUUUAUUGGUGGAUCGACUAUUUGAAAGACAACUGUUAACUCAGUGUUCAUGGACUGGGUCUACAAAAAAGAAAGAAGAAAAAAAUAACAAAAUUGCUUUUUUCAAGUACAAUCAAAUAAUUGAAGCAAUUUAUAAAAUUUUACACUUAGCCGACUUACGUUAUACGAUUGAUGAUAACAUUGCUUUUUUGAAACGAAUUCUUAAAAACAGUGUUAGCCGAAACAAGCAGCUUCAAAAGCAACAGAAUAAACAAAAUAAAAAUUCUGAAGAAGCUAAUGAUAAUGAAUAUGAUAACAAUGUGAUGAGAAUUCUUGAAGGUGGUAACAUUUACGAUGAAAAUAUAGAGGAAGAAACAACCGAAAAUAGUGAUGGAAUUUAAUUAUUGUCGCUACUGUUUAAGUAAAUAAUGGUAAUAUUAAUGAAAAAUUUUGAUUUAUUAUAAGAUGAAUCUUUAUUUUUAUU